AUGGCAGUUCUCUCGAAAUAUGAUAUUGAGCAUACGCUACCGGCUGCUCGUGAUAAAAUAUCAGAUGAGACAUUUUACGAUAUUUAUGAUGAAGUUUAUCAAGAUCUUUUGGACAAUAUGGCUCUCAACGUCGAUGAAUGGCACAUGCUUUGUAGGCAAUGCAAUGAUGAAAAACAAAAAUUUGGAACGUUUGAGCAUGGAAAGGUAAAUCUUGAAAAAAAUGUUGACAAAUUCUACGAAUAUAUAAAGUAUUCUUGCGAACUAAACGAAAUAAAACCGCUUUUAACUAUUCGAAAAAAUAUUGCCGCCAUAUUAGAAAAUUCUGGCGACAAGGCUAUACAAGACCAAAAGAAAAUACUUGAAACAGCAGUUCAUGAUAUAGAAGUCCUUCAAGGUCAACAUCAGGAGAAAAAAGGAGAAUAUGACAAUUUAGAUAAUGAAGUCAAACAAAAGAACCAAUUAAUCAAUACAAAGACAAAAGAAUUAGACACAUUAAAGGAAGAAUGUGCCAAAAACAAGAAGAAAUACAAAGAAAAUAAAAAAUUAAUAAUCCAAAAAAGAAUUGAGCAAGCUAAUCUUCAAUAUGAUAUAGCUACCCUUCAAGCUGAGCUUGAAUUUGCAAAAGAACAAAAAGAAAAAUAUGAUGAUCGAAUGGACGAACCGUUAUGUUCAAAUUUGACAGUUUUUCUUGAUGGAUAUCAUCAUAAUCGAAUCACUACAUUUAGGCUGAUUCUUUGCAGUUUAAUGAUUUUCCUAGGAGCGGUUACAAUUUCAAGUACUUUCACUUGUGUUCAUCCAUUUGGAAAUGACAUUGAAUCUAAGCAUCUUAUAUUGUUUUGGUUCUUACCUUUUAUUAGUGCUUCCUUUUCAUGUGCAUAUUUCGUAUUUGCAAAAAGAUUCUUUGAUAAUGAUAGUUAUGACACCAUGUUCUUUUUAAAUGACCGAAGGAUACUAAUUUCUAUACUUAAUUUUGCGUAUAUUGUAAUGUCAAUUAUAUAUUAUUUUUAUUGUACAAAAUUGAUUGCAUGCUUCCUUAUUAGAACAUUACAAGGAAUUAUUGUAGGGUUUUUAUCUAUCAUUUAUCCAGUUUCUCUGUUCCAAAUUGGAAAAACAAAACAGCCUUUGUAUUUAUUGUCAUUUUUCUUAGUGUCUUUUGCUUUUGGCGUUUUGUUUUGUGUCCCAAUCAAACAGAAAUGGCCUCUAUAUGUUGUUAUCUUCCCAGGUCUUCAAACUAUCUUGAUCUGGUUCAUAAACAAGAGCUCUUUCAACUUUGUCAACUUGAAAGUCGAUUUUGGAUCAGACUUUAAGUUCCAUUUAGAGUUUCUUGUCAUUGUUUUGCAUAUCCUUCAGCCAUUCCUUGGUCCUUUCACAUUAUGGACAGUUAUUUCUAGAAUCUACAGCGAUCCUUUAGAGAACGUCAAAUUCAUUCUACCAUUUGUAGUUGGCAGUUUCGUUUUUUGCAUAUUUUUGAUCAUUCUUCGCAUGAAAAACGAGAAUACAUUUGCAUUAGCAUCUAUUCUUCUUUCUAUUCCUUCACUUGUUUUUGCUUUAAUUGGUGUAAUCUUAGUCAUUACACACAAAGACUACUAUGGCCUUAUGAUUAUGUCAUUCUCUAAUGGUAUUGGACUAUUGCAACUCCCAUGGCUUCCUUAUUACGAAACAUUGUCCAAAAUUCGACCAAAAACAUUUGGAUUUUAUUGGUGCUUGUAUUGGCUUUCUACAUCAAUAUCUUCAGUCAUAUUCACUAAGAUGAACUUGUAUAAUUUAUCUUUUGUUUGGCUAGCUUUCAUAUGUUUGAUAAUUAUAUUUUUCUCAGUUUAUCUAACGCUCUUCAAAUAUAACACGUGUAAUACAAUUCUAUAA